UCAAAUCACUAAAAAAAAAUUGCAAUUCAAAACCAGCAAGCAAAAAAGAAAAAAAAAAGAAAAAAGAAAAAUGAAGACCUCCACCUUCCUCUUCUCCUUCCUCCUCAUCCUCAUCCUCGCCAACGCUAGCAUCGACGACACAUGCAAGCAAGUCGCCGACCCAAAACACUACGACUUCUGCAUCUCAACCCUCAAAUCAAACUCUAACGCUAAAACAGACGACAAGCGAGCCCUAGCCUCUGUCGUCACCGACCUCACCAUUGAGGCCUACAAAAAAACCCAAUCAAGAAUCGAGGAGCUCAAGAAGAACGAAGCCUACAAUAACGACCAGCAACUGGCGCUUUCCCUGUGCGAGGACCUGUACAAGACCUCGAUACCGAAGCUGGAACAGGCUAAGCCUAAGCUGCAGAAGGCGAUACCGAGGUACAGUAAGGGGGGUGUUGCGGGGACCACUAAAUCUUUGACGACGGGAAUGGAUCAUGUUUCGAUGUGCAUUGAUGCGUGUAAUAAGUCUGGGGCUGCUUCGUUGCUUGAGAAGGAGAAUCAGGAGUGCUUGAAUUUGGUUAUACUCGCUUCCAAUCUAAUAGAGAGAGCAACUCGAGGUUGAUGAUGCUCAUACGUGUUGGAUAUUUGACUGCCGUUAAGGUUAUCGAUGUUGUGUUUGUUUUGAGAUGCAAAAGCUUAAAAAAAAUUUGUUUUUGUGAUUUUUUUUAAUGAAUAAUUAAUGUGGUGUAAUUCAGUU